CGUCAGCUACUCGCUUACACGAGCAGUGUUUGUUGCUUUUACAGAUGGACAGUAAGCUUCUUGCACGCAUGACAGUUAUAAAUGGAAGAACAGGAAAUGAAUGCAUCCCCAUCUCGUAAGACAAGCAGAGUUGAACAGGUGGUGGGAAGAUGGCUCCGUCGGUCAAGAGAUAAUUCCCAUCGGGAAAGAACUCCUGGAGAUGGAUCGUCAAACAACAGGGGCAACCAUCAAGUCAAUUUCACAAUAAGGCUCACAGUACACAUUCAUAAGGAUUUACUGCUUGACUCUUAUGGAUUUGAGAUUUCGGCACAUCACCCAAUCAUGAUCAAGGCUGUGGCUGCAGGAGGGCCAGCCGAGAGGAGGCUUGUACCAGGAGACCAGAUCUUAAAGAUAAACAGUGUACUUGUGGAUGACUUGUCUGGUGAGCAAGCAGCAGAAAUCAUCAGGGAAUCAAAAGAAUCAAUUGCAGUCACUGUACUUCGCUACACUUCAGGACCGAAGUCAUCCUUUAUCACUGCUGAGAAGCGAGCCAAGCUGAAGUCGAACCCUUUUAAAGUACGCUUUGCAGAGGAGGUGAUAGUCAAUGGACAUGCACAGGGCAAUUCGCUUCUUUUCUUGCCUAAUGUUCUUAAGGUGUAUUUGGAAAAUGGACAGACUAAAGCAUUUAAGUUUGAGAAGAAAACUACAGUUAAGGAUAUUGUCCUGACCCUGAAAGAGAAGCUGUCUAUCCGCUGCAUUGAACACUUUGCUCUGGCUUUAGAGGAACAGUACAAUAUUUCCAGACUUUACCUCCUCCAUGAUGAUGAAUGUAUUGAACAGGUGGUGCAGAAGAAGGAGUCCCAUGACUAUAGGUGCCUCUUCAGGGUGUGCUUUGUCCCCAGAGAUCCGCUUGACCUAUUACAAGAAGAUCCAGUUGCAUUUGAAUAUCUAUUUUUACAGAGCUGCAGUGAUGUCCUGCAUGAGAGGUUUGCAAUGGAAAUGAAAUGCAAUGUUGCCCUCCGCCUUGCAGCACUGCACAUUCAAGAGCGCAUUCAUACCUGUGGGCAACCCCAGAAACUCUCACUGAAGUACAUCGAGAAGGACUGGGGAAUCGAGAAUUUCAUAUCAUCCACUUUGCUCCGGAAUAUGAAAGUAAAAGACCUGAAGAAAGCCAUUAGUUUUCAUAUGAAGCAGAACCAAAGUUUGCUUGAACCAAGGCAAAAGCAACUGAUCUCUGCAGCACAAGCAAGGUUAAACUAUCUGAAAAUACUGGGAGAGUUAAAAACAUAUGGAGGAAAAACCUUCAGUGCAACUUUAAUGUUGCAGGACAGGGAGUCAUUUGUCACACUGCUGGUUGGUGCCAAGUAUGGCAUUAGCCAAAUCAUCAACAACAAACUCAAUAUCUUGACAACCUUGACUGAGUUUAAGAAUAUCAGCCAGGUGGAGCUUAAUCCCGAGUCUGAAAAAGUCAGCAUGGUAAAAAUAUACCUCCAGGAUAUAAAGCCAAUCACAUUAUUGAUGGAGUCUCAUGCUGCUAAAGAUCUUGCCUGCCUCAUUGCUGGAUACUACAAGCUUUUUGUUGAUUCAAGGGUUACUGUAUUCACAUGGACUGGCAAUAGUAAAAUUCAUCGGAUAUCUGCUGAAGAAGGAUACGAAUCCAGAGGCUGUAGUGACUCUGAGGAGUCCUCGGACAUAGAUUCCUCCCAGGAGAUACUGGCUGAUUUCCACACACACAAAACAGGCCCUGAACCUUUUUACAGAGUGGAAGAGGAUGAGGAACAGGAGGCACCUCAGCAGUCCCUGCGGGGUGAGGGUGGGGGAGUAGAGACAGGAACUAGGAGCUUGGAGGACAUCGAAGAGAAUGCAGGAGACAUCUCAGAGGCAUCAGACUCUUGUAGGACUGAAAGCCGUGAGGACUCAAGGAUCAAUUUGAGCUUCUCCAGUGAUUCAAUAGAUGCUCUGGAGGAGGAUGAUCUUGUGGCCUGUUCUUCAAGCUGGCCUGAGUUUCUCCAGCUCCACGACACAUACCUGUUUCAAAAGCUUCAGCAGGACAACCAACAAGAUGGAGAAAAUGAAGCCAUCACCACAGAAGAAUGCCCAGCUAUGAAUGAUACUUCACUCUGCUGCUCUCAGCAUUCAGAGAUGGCCAGAUCCUUGACUGAGCAACCCAAAGCGCUACAUGACCAGCCUAGCCUGGCCGAGCAAACAGGAGGAAAUGACCUGAACUAUUUUACCUUUGACUCCAUGUUUACAUUUGAGGAGGACACCAUGCAGUAUUACAACCUAUGUGCAAAUAUCACACCAGAUAGUGCUUUGGACAAAAACUUGUUUACAAGGCUGGGUAGCUCAAACCCAGCUAAAAUACUGCAGGCCACCACAGAGCAGAAAUACACCGUGAAUGAUGAAAGAGAAACACUCAAAACCUUGGUUGAUGUUAUGAUUCUAGAGCCUCCGCCAGGCUUUGGGGAUUGCAGCUCUGACGAAGAGUUUUUUGAUGCACCAGAGAAACUCACCCCAACAGACACUGUGGCUGGACUAAGAGCUGAGAGAGCUAUAGAUGAUGUGGACAUCUGCAGUACUGAUGAAAGUAACAAUGCUUUGCUGAGAACAGUACGCUUCAGUGAUAUUGGAACAACUGUUGCAGAAAGGGAAGAAGAGAAGAAAAGCAAAAAAAGACGUUCGUUUUUGGAAACAGACUACACUUCCCAGGUAUCUUUCCCCUCAGAGGCUCCCAGGAGCAAGGAACAAUUGUGUUACUACAAAAAGGAGGCCUUGACCUCUCAUGAGAACCUAUCCCUAACCACAUCAUCUCUGAGGAGCACAGAGGGCGAACCAGCCUUCCUGGAGACCAAACUAAUCACUCAGCGGGGGUCCCAGAGGCCAGCUGCUAGCAAGAAGCUUUCCUCCGAGCUGAUGGAAAUGGAGCCUGACACCAUGGAGACCAAGUCUGUGACUGAAUCUCUCAAAGGAAUGUCAUCCAUACUGGCCAUUCGCUGCCAGAGUGAUCCAGAGAAAAAGGAAGGAUCAGAUGGAAAAGCAGGGGACAUGAACAAGAAGCUAUUUUUACAUCACAUGUUUACAAGCACAGAUGACGGGCAAGCAAAUUUCUUUAAAGACGAUAACAUGGAGCGAGCAGAGGCUAUUCACACUGAAUGGGCUUCUGAGAGUGUCUCUCCUACAGAGACAAACAAAAUAUGCACAAACAACAGUCUUCCUUGCAAAGAGAAUGAAUCGGAAAGAGUAUUGAACAAAUAUACUAAGACUGACACAAAUCUACAAGGACCUGUCCAGAAUGUAGAUAAUGGAAUAGGCGCAUUAGUUUUCACAGAUGACACAUUUCAAGAACUCAAGUAUACUACCAGUCCUGUAGAUGAUGACCAGGGGGAUGAGCAUGAACAAACAACCCCUUCCUUUUCCGAAGUGCAUUACCAGACCCCACUAGCAGAUUUUUGUUCAGCAGAUAUCAGAAAAGGGGUUCCAGUGAGUCAUGAUUGUCUUCUACAGGUUGGUCUGGAGGCUUCUCCAGAGAGCUGCAUCACCAGUGAACUCAAUUACAAUUUCAAUGGAGUGUCAGGUGUGGUGAGCCGCCUGUCCACUUCAACCGUGAAAAAUAAAAUUCAAAGACUGCCCUUGUACUUAUCAAAGUCUCGUGAAACAAUUAGAGACUGUAUAAAUGGCUCCCCAAGAAGCCAGGGGUCCGGCAGCUCCCCCAAAACAGAACAGCCUGCUUAUGAACGUAGCCAGUCAGAUUCAACAGCUGAUUGCACCAUCAGUGAAGUGGGUGCUGCUGCUGAAGACUGUCCUGACCCACAAUCCCCAACAAUGAUGGAAGAUAAAUCUGGAGCAUCUACAGAAUUUCUGGCCCCAGCAGAAGGUCAUCUUGGCAAAGAAGAGUUUAUCUUUCUAACUCACCAUGACUUUGAACUGCCUGAGAGCAGCCUGGAGAAUGUGGAACCUAACAUGUUCAGUGGAACAAAUACAUAUUUUGAUUUCCCACCUCUUAAAACUAGCCUUGCAUUAAAGAGCAAGUUGGAAGCAUGUGACUGCCAGACAGUUUAUGCUAAUUGCUUCAGUAGAACAAAAAGCAGUUUUGAUGAUGAAAUCACUGUUUUUGAGUAUUCAUGCAAGACAUCAGUACCCUUGACCAUGCCUCCUUCCCCUAGUAGCCAUUAUCUUGCAGAGAGUCCUUUGCUUUCACCCUCAGCUACUGACCACUCUGAUAGAUUGGAGGAUACACUCAACCAGCUGAGGAACAACUCAUAUGGGAUGCUGCAGGGCUUCAGUCAGCUUCAGAGCGACAUCUUGGAGCUGAUGAGGGUACUAAAGGAGAAUCCAGAGAGCCGAGGACAGCACCACAAAGAGACGUGUGCUGUUCAGUUCUCAGAAAACAAGCACCUGCUCUUUGCAGAAUGCAGAAAACUGAUGUCCAGUUGUCAGAAGGUCAUACGGGUUGACCAGAGGCCUGAGGAUAUGCUACAGAUGCUUUCUGGGAGCUUCCAGACUCUGGUCCACCUCGCAUCUGUCUGCCUCUGGUUCACCAACUGCAUCCGCUGUCGAAAGCGGCACAAUAAGGUUCUGAGCAGCUUGAGAGAGAUUGUCAGCACCUACAAGGAAUUCACCAUGGCUGCUGAAAAGGCAUGUGGGAGGAGCUGCCACGAUUUAGCCAUUAAGUUACUAGCGCGGCAGUGCACUGCACUUACUGCUAAAGUAUUUUGCCUAACACAGCUCUUCAGAACACUGACAUCCCUGUAAAUCCAGACUACACCCAAAACUCUUUGAGACCUGAAGGACCAGCGCUUGCAGAAUAUCACAAAUGUGUUGCCAGGUCUUUGCUGGGGGCAUUGUUUGACUUUUUGACAGUUCAAUGUUACAUAUUAAAAUAUUUCCCCAGAAUUCACUUAUCUUUUCCAGUGGUGGUGGUGGUGGUGGUGGUCCUCUAAGACAACUGCACAACUUAGUGGCACUGAUUCACAAGUUACUUUGUCCAUGAUAGCCCAACCAAAAUGCUGCAACGCAUUGCCAGUGGGGGCCCUGUUUAUAUUGUUUUAUAGCAGGGUGGCACUAAAGCACAAGAAGAUGGUUUGCCCCCCAUCAUAUACUAAAAGACAAUACAAUUGGCUUGGUUCAACUUGUAUGGACUGCAAAAAUUCAUUAUUACUGUCAGAAUGUUUAGCAUGGCUACAAGAAGCUUUAUAAUAAGGAAAUAAGGAAAGGAAUAAGGAAAUAUCUUGCACUAAUAAAAAUGCAUAUUAGUAUUUCAAUGCCGUAUGAUGGGAAUGCAUAGAUAAGUAAAAUAUAUAAAUGAGACAAUCUCCCUUCUUUCUU